AUGGAUGCGAUCCAGAUGAUGCCCUCUAUGCGCAGCUUUAUGAAAGGAUUGAUCUCAGGAAAAAUAUCAGAGGAGAACGAAUUCAUGACAGUCUCUAAGGAGUGCAGUGCAGUCCUUCAAAACAGGCAGAUUAAGAAGUGCGGAGACCCUGGCAAGUUCGUUCUCUCUAUCCAGAUUGGGAAGACAGUUUUCUCAUGUUCCUUGGUUGAUCUGGGAUCCAGCGUAAACCUCAUGCCCUACUCUGUAGCACGACGUCUGGGAUACACGCAUUUCAAACUGACAAGGAUGUCCUUGGUAUUCGCGGAUAGAUCAGUUAAGUCCCUUGUUGGCAUUCUAGAGGAUCUUCAAGUACGAGUCGGGAACACUUUUGUCCCAGCAGACUUCGUAGUUCUAGAACUGGAAGAAGAAUCCAAAGAUCCUCUUAUCUUAGGAAGUCCGUUUCUUUGA